CACACACGGCUGUUAACAACUCUGGUUCUAGCACGUGCGACGGCAACGAUAUAAACAAAUUAAUUUUUUAUGAAAAUGACUAAAAGGCCGGAAGAAACUGUAACAGACGAUGAAGAAAGUGUUGCAGACGAAUCCGCAGAAUCGGAUAAUGAAAGCGAAUUGGAUUUGGCGGGCAGCGCAACAGAAUCCGAUGAAGAUGAUUCAGAAGCGGAUGAAGACGAAACUUCCGAUUCGAAGACUAAAACCAAAACGAGAGCCGAAAUAAUUGAAGAACAAAUACACAACAAAUAUGAACAGCUAAAGGGUACGCGACUCUAUGUACGCUUUCCACAGAAGCUACCACUAAAUGAUAAGGAAUUCGAGACAAAGGUUAAAUCUCUGCAUUCGCUAAUCUCGAAGGCAGCGAAGCCCCGUCAAAAGCACGCGCGCUUCUGCCUGGUCGAGUUCAAAUCCAAAGAAGAUCGCAACCAAGCACUGGAAGAUAUCAAAAAAUCAAUUGAAAGCGAUGACGCCUUUAAGGGCAUAUUUGUGUCGCUGCCCAAAACCGAUUCCGAAGAGUUUGUCAAUGAGCUUGUGGCGCGCAAGCAGCAAUCCCUGGAGAAGAAGAAAACGAAAAACCUACUGAAACGGGCCACCAAACAGGUGCAGCGCAAGGAAACAUUCACAUCAUCCGUGGUGAUCACCAAUCUGCCCAAGUCCAGCUCCGUAGCCCAGGUGCGCAAGCUCUUCGAAAAUGCCGUUGACAUACAAAUCAAGCCGGGCAAGGGAAAAUUCCGUGACUUCAGCGCGGCAACCGUCACCCUGCCCACGACCAUGGAUGCACGCAAUGCCAUCAAGCUGGAUCUGAGCAUUGGCGGCACCAAGCUCAACCUGCGCUUCAAUACGCAGCAGAAAAAGCAGCGCUCGAAGAAGGAUCUGAAGCGCAAAGCAGCUGGCGGCCAAGGGCCCAAAUUGGACAAGCCCAAGAAAGCGAAGCGAGCCGCAAAAGCAGAGUAGCUAAUUGUGGGCCUAACAACUAUUUAGUAUAACGUUUAACUAAUAUGUAACUAAGCUUGCUUAAGAUCUGAUACAAUGUUAAAUAAAACAUGUUUUAAC